UCGCAGACGAUACCGCGGUUAUGGAAACAGGUAACUCUGCUAAAAAUAUGCCUUCAGACUCCAGGAAUCUUGAUGAAAUCCGCUUGUGGACAAAAAAGUGGAGAAUACAAUUAAAUGAAACGAAAUUUAUUCAUGUCUACUUUACAAACUGUAGAUUUAACCCGGAGCUUGUUCAAAUUAAUAGUAUUCAAGGGUCAACAGAAAACAACGCAAAAUAACUUAGUAUGAACUUAGAUACAAGGCUUAGAUGGAAAAUUCAAGUAAAAAUUAAAAGGGAUCAAAUUAAUCAUAAAUUUAGAAAACUGAAUUGGUUUAUCGGCAAAAACUCAGAUUGAAAUAAGCAUUCAAAUUCGAAUAAUAAUAAUUUUCAUAACAAAAUUUUAAUAUAUGUAUAACCAAGUUACAAAGCCCAUUUUUUAUAUAAUGUAUAGCAAGUUCAGCUAUGGGGAUGUGCCUCCAAAUGCAACGUAGGCAUUAUUCAGUGAUACCAAAAUAAGUUGCAGAAGAGGCUAGAAGAUUUGCUCGCAAACACAAUACUGGUUACCAUUACCCGAAAACAUAAACAUGAAAAUAAUCUUUUACGACAUUGGAUCUGCUAGGAGACUUAAAAGAAAAAGCCAUACGAAUUACUGAUUUGGCAGAGCAGGAACAGAUUAGCGUCUACUAACGGGUAAACAUUACAGGAUGCAUGCCCACAGCCCUAAGAGUUAAACAAGCGAAAAAUAAAUUGCUAGAUAGGUCACUCUGACUUCGUUGCAGUAUUAAUUAGAAAAUAAAAAAAAAAUAAUACAAAUAUUUUUUGGUGAUGAAGAAAUCGUUGAAAAUGUCAGUUAAAAUGUGAAAAUGCCAAAAAUAUCAUGUAAUAGUGUCAAAAAUGAGCUUUUUGAUUUUUGCUUUCUAUCUAUUUUCAUUUAACCAAAACCUCUUUCACGCUCUUUAUUUUAAAAUAAACAAAAGAAUAAAAAUAAAAAUGAUAAGUGAAAAUUAUUAAAAUUAUAAGUUUGAAAUAUUAGCUUCUCAAAUUUGAGAAACCCAGAAUUCGGUCUUAAAGAUUAUUAAAUUUCACUAUAAACUUCUAUAGCGAAAAUUAAUAUAGUUUAAGUAUUCGAAAUAUACAAUCUAAAGAUGCCUUUAAAGAAAUGUGGCCGUGUUAAAAAAGCGCACUCGAAAACUUCUGCAAUAAAAAAAACAGAAGUUUUGCGGAUUUUUAGAGUAAUAAUGGAAAAUAAAUCUGGUCAAAUAAAUCCUAAUACAAACACGCAAGUUCUGUCAAUGGACGCGGCGGGGAAUAUUGUUGAAAGUACAUCUGGAGCCGAUAUCACUGCGGCGGAUAAUUUCAAUGAUUUUUUUAAUACUGGCCGUAUUGGUAGACGAAAUGCUUUACCGGACAUUUUAAGUAUAGCAUGUGCGACGACAUCGACAGCGGAUUUACCAGAGAAAUUUAAUGCUCUUACAACAACCGAUGUAAUGUCAUCUAAUAUACAACCAUCUGAUAGCGGUGCAAUAGUACCAUCUUCAUCAACUUCUUUGUCAACGACAUCAAAUAUUACAUGUUCUAGUUCUAGUAGCAAUUACAACGAUAGUAACAUAAAUCCCACUUAAGUAGAACUUCUUUUAUACAUGUGUCGUAUACACAUUGUAACAAAAUCUGUUAACUUUGCACAAUAAGCUGGUAAUUUGUUUAUAAUAUUAUAAAAUAUGUUUAUAUUUAAUGCAUCUUAUCAUUUCAAAAAAAUAUUACAUAACGAUAAUUUAGACAAUUUAUUUCGAAAUAAAACGACAAUGUGGAUACAAAAAAAAACAAUCUUUCUAUUAUGAAAGAUAUUAACUUAUUUAUUUAUGUGUUUGGAACAUAUUUAUAUUUUAGUUAUUGAAUAAGUAUUUUAAAUAUACAAAGAAAAAAGUAUUGAAUUUGAAUAUUUUAAAAUGUCAAAUUAGUAGUUCUUAAGGUAAAAGGAUGUUUUUAUUUGUGAAAUAUUGAACCAAAGAAAACAAAAAUUUAUAAAAACCUAAACCUUAUAUAAAAAUAUAUAUUUAUAAAACUAAAAUUGAAUUAUUUUUUGGUAACUU